AUGACCAUUACUGCUGACUUAAGUGUGAGGUUGGUAAGUGAUAGCAGUCGUUGUUCUGGUAGAGUUGAGGUUCUUCAUGAUGGUCAAUGGGGAACAGUGUGUGGUGACCGCUGGGAUCUGACAGAUGCUUCAGUGGUGUGUAGAGAGGUGGGCUGUGGAGAGGCUGUAGAUGCACCACAGUAUGGUCACUUUGGAGGAGGAUCAGGACAGAUCUGGCUGGAUGAAGUGGACUGUAGUGGAUUAGAGUCCUCACUAAAGAACUGUAAAUCAAAUGGGUGGGGUGAUCAUGACUGUCAGCAUAAUCACGAUGCUGGAGUCAUCUGCUCAGGUGAUGGGUCAAGUCUUCUUGCUGGUUCCCAUUUGUGCUCUGGGAGAGUGGAGAUGUAUUUUGGAGGAAGAUGGGGCACAGUGUGUGAUGCUGUGUUUGAUGAUCAGGAUGCAGAGGUUGUGUGUAGAGAGCUGAACUGUGGGGUUCCUGUACAGCUGCUGGGUGCAGAUACUUUUGGUAAAGGAGAGGAGCAGGUGUGGACACAAGAGAUUCAAUGUAGAGGAGAUGAAUCUCAAAUAAACUUCUGUCCAGAACAAUCUUCAUACAAGAAAAACUGUACCCAUGACAAUGACGUGGGACUGAUUUGCUCUGGUUACACAGCACUCAGACUGGUGAACGGCUCUGAUAUCUGCUCUGGUCGAGUUGAGCGUCAGUAUUUCAGUAAAUGGGGCUCAGUGUGUGAUGAGUGCAUGAAUAUGAGAGCUGCCAAUGUUCUCUGUAGAGAGCUGAAUUGUGGGAUUGCUGUGUCUGUUGUGGGAGUGGACUGGUUUGGAGAGGGAUCUGGUGAAAUCUGGGCUGAUGUGAUUGAUUGUCAGGGGAAUGAAACAAAACUCUCAGAAUGUUCAAUCUCUUCAUGGAGUCGAGCUGAAUCCUCUCAUAAACAAGAUGUUGGAGUCAUUUGUUCUAAUUCCUCUCUGUCUCUUCAUGAUGGUCGAGUGAGGUUGUCUGGAGAGAGAGAGUGUGAGGGUGAGGUGGAAGUUUACAUUCAUCAGGUUUGGAGGAGAGUUCUGCUGGACUCCUGGAGUCUCACUGAAUCCUCUGUGGUCUGCAGACAGCUGGGCUGUGGCUCUGUGCUGAACUUCACUAACUCCUCUUCAUCCAGUGAUGAACACAGUUAUGAGUGUGUGAUGGGCUUCCAGUGCUCUGGGACUGAAGAUCAUCUGAGGAACUGCAGCUCUCCACAAACUCUCAACUGCAGCGCAACACAACAGCUAACAAUCACCUGCCUUGGUCAGCGGCCCAUCAGGUUGGUGGGUUCUGGUGGAGAUUGUGCAGGAAGGCUGGAGGUUUUUCACAAAGGCUCAUGGGGUACAGUGUGUGAUGACUUCUGGGAUAUUAAAGAUGCUCAUGUGGUGUGCAGACAGCUGCAGUGUGGAGUGGCUCUCAGUAAUCAGCCAGUACCAGCCUGGUUUGGUCCUGGUUCUGGACCCAUAUGGCUGGAUGAUGUGAACUGUGAGGGGAAUGAGACGUCACUGUGGAGCUGCUCUUCACGGGUCUGGGGAGAUCAUGACUGUAAACACAAGGAGGAUGUAGGAGUCGUGUGCUCAGAGUUUAAAGAGUUCAGGUUAACUGAAGGCUGUGAAGGGAAUGUGGAGGUUUUCUACAAUGGAUCUUGGGGUAAUGUUUGCUGGAAUCAGAUGAACAGAGACACAGCGAGUCUGAUCUGUCAAGAGCUGAACUGUGGAAGAUCUGCCAGUGAACCCAAUUAUUCAAAAGGACUGAAGCCUCAUAAUUGGUUGGAUUACUUUAAAUGUCGAUCAGAUGACUUCAUUUUAUGGCAGUGUCCAUCUUCAUCCUGGGCACCAAAUCACUGUAAUGAAGAUGAAGUGGCCAAUAUUAUCUGCUCUGGUGAGAUGAAAUUUUAUUUACAUCCUCAUCAGAGACAAUGUUCAAAUCAUCUUCCUCUCAGACUGAGUGGAGGGAAGGGUUUGUGUUCGGGGAGACUGGAGGUUUAUCAUAACUCUGUGUGGGGUUCAGUCUGUGAUGAUUUGUGGGACAUCAGAGAUGCUCAGGUGGUCUGCAGGCAGCUGGGUUGUGGAGCAGCAUUGAGUGUUGAUGGGAAUGAAGCGUUUGGUGCUGGUGAAGGUGUUGUGUGGAUGAACAGAGUCGAGUGCAGAGGGACUGAGAUUCACCUGUGGGACUGUCCUCAUGUCCUGAAAAAUCACACUGACUGCUCACACAAAGAACAAGUUAGACUCAUCUGUGCAGAUUUAAGCGUGAGGUUGGUGAAUGGUGGCAGUCGUUGUUCUGGUAAUGUUGAGGUUCUUCAUGAUGGUCAGUGGGGAACAGUGUGUCAUUAUUACUGGGAUAUGACAGAUGCUGCAGUGGUGUGUAGAGAGGUGAACUGUGGAGAAGCUUUAUAUGUUACAUAUUCAGCUUACUUUGGCCAAGGAUCAGGACCAAUCACAAUGGAUCUUGUGGGCUGUAAUGGAUCAGAGGCCUCACUGAAGGACUGUAGAUCAGAGAAAUGGAAUAUUCAGUACUGUUCUCAUAUUCAUGAUGCUGGUGUGAUCUGCUCAGAAACCAUAAACUAUGGAAGGUUUGCACGACUUGUUGAUGGACCUCAUCAGUGCUCUGGAAGAGUCGAGCUGCUUCGUGGUAACACCUGGAUGUCAAUGUGUGAUGCUGUGUUUGAUGAUCAGGAUGCAGAGGUUGUGUGUAGAGAGCUGAACUGUGGGGUUCCUGUACAGCUGCUGGGUGCAGAUACUUUUGGUAAAGGAGAGGGGCAGGUGUGGACACAAGAGAUUCAAUGUAGAGGAGAUGAAUCACUCAGUCGAUCAUGUUCAUAUGCUUCACGUAAUGUAACCUGCUCUCAUGACAAUGAUGUGGGACUGAGAUGUUCUGGUUACUCUGACCACAGACUGAUGAAUGGUCCUGAUAUCUGCUCUGGUCGAGUUGAGCGUCAGUAUUUCAGUAAAUGGGGCUCAGUGUGUGAUGAGUGCAUGAAUAUGAGGGCUGCCAAUGUUCUCUGUAGAGAGCUGAAUUGUGGGAUUGCUGUGUCUGUUGUGGGAGUGGACUGGUUUGGAGAGGGAUCUGGUGAAAUCUGGGCUGAUGUGUUUGAUUGUCAGGGGAAUGAAACAAAACUCUCCGAAUGUUCAAUCUCUUCAUGGAGUCGAGCUGAAUCCUCUCAUAAACAAGAUGUUGGAGUCAUUUGUUCUAGUUCCUCUCUGUCUCUUCAUGAUGGUCGAGUGAGGUUGUCUGGAGAGAGAGAGUGUGAGGGUGAGGUGGAAGUUUACAUUCAUCAGGUUUGGAGGAGAGUUCUGCUGGACUCCUGGAGUCUCACUGAAUCCUCUGUGGUCUGCAGACAGCUGGGCUGUGGCUCUGUGCUGAACUUCACUAACUCCUCUUCAUCCAGUGAUGAACACAGUUAUGAGUGUGUGAUGGGCUUCCAGUGCUCUGGGACUGAAGAUCAUCUGAGGAACUGCAGCUCUCCACAAACUCUUAACUGCAGCACAACACAACAGCUGUCAAUCACCUGCCUUGGUCAGAGGUCCAUCAGGUUGGUGGGUUCUGGUGGAGAUUGUGCAGGAAGGCUGGAGGUUUUUCACAAAGGCUCAUGGGGUACAGUGUGUGAUGACUUCUGGGAUAUUAAAGAUGCUCAUGUGGUGUGCAGACAGCUGCAGUGUGGAGUUGCUCUCAGUAAUCAGCCAGUACCAGCCUGGUUUGGUCCUGGUUCUGGACCCAUAUGGCUGGAUGAUGUGAACUGUGAGGGGAAUGAGACGUCACUGUGGAGCUGCUCUUCAAGGGUCUGGGGAGAUCAUGACUGUAAACAUAAGGAGGAUGUAGGAGUCGUGUGCUCAGAGUUUAAAGAGUUCAGGUUAACUGAAGGCUGUGAAGGGAAUGUGGAGGUUUUCUACAAUGGAUCUUGGGGUAAUGUUUGUUUAAAUCAGAUGAACCGAGACACAGCGAGUCUGAUCUGUCAAGAGCUGAACUGUGGAAGAUCUGCCAGUGAACUAAAUUAUUCAGAUGCAUUGAGGUCUCAUAAUUGGUUGGAUUACUUUAACUGUCGAUCAGAUGACUCUACUUUAUGGCAGUGUCCAUCUUCACCUUGGGGAUUGAAUAACUGUAAUGAAGAUGAAGUGACCAACAUUAUCUGCUCUGAAACUGUUAUUCAUGAAGUUCCUCGGAGUCAUCUGAUAUGUUCUGCUUCCCCAUCUCCUUACCAGAGACAAUGUUCAAAUCAUCUUCCUCUCAGACUGAGUGGAGGGAAGGGUUUGUGUUCGGGGAGACUGGAGGUUUAUCAUAACUCUGUGUGGGGUUCAGUCUGUGAUGAUUUGUGGGACAUCAGAGAUGCUCAGGUGGUCUGCAGGCAGCUGGCUUGUGGAGCAGCAUUGAGUGUUGAUGGGAAUGAAGCGUUUGGUGCUGGUGAAGGUGUUGUGUGGAUGAACAGAGUCGAGUGCAGAGGGACUGAGAUUCACCUGUGGGACUGUCCUCAUGUCCUGAUAAAUCACACUGACUGCUCACACAACAAAGUUAGACUCAUCUGUGCAGACUCGUCAGUGUAUACAACUCCUGCCACAACAACAACAACAUCAGCUUCUCCUUCAGUUUCUCCACAAACUCCUCUCUUCAAUCCUCCAGUGGUUGUGAUUGUACUGGGAGUUUUGCUCUUACUGCUCUUAGUGCCGCUGCUGAUACUGAUUCAACACAACAGAGAGAUGAGGAGAGCUCUCUCUAAGAGGAGACACAGGACUCAGACUGAAGCAGUUUAUGAAGAGAUUGAUCACAGACACACAAACACACACACACACUUCACUCAGAGAGUGGAUGUGCCAGAUGAUAAUUAUGAUGAUGUCAUCAUUAUUAGACAGAACAUUCAAGAUAUAAAUGCUAUCAGGCUGCUUGGAGGUUCUCGCUGUUCUGGGAGGGUUGAAAUGCCUCAUAAGAAUACCUGGAUGUCAGUGUGUGAUGCUGUGUUUGAUGAUCAGGAUGCAGAGGUUGUGUGUAGAGAGCUGAACUGUGGGGUUCCUGUACAGCUGCUGGGUGCAGAUACUUUUGGUAAAGGAGAGGAGCAGGUGUGGACACAAGAGAUUCAAUGUACUGGUGAAGAGUCUCAUAUAUCGUUCUGUCUAAUAUCGCUUUCUCCGAAAGACAACUGCACACAUGAGAAUGCUGUGGGACUUACAUGUUCUGGUUUCUCUGACCUCAGACUGGUGAACGGCUCUGAUAUCUGCUCUGGUCGAGUUGAGCGUCAGUAUUUCAGUAAAUGGGGCUCAGUGUGUGAUGAGUGCAUGAAUAUGAGAGCUGCCAAUGUUCUCUGUAGAGAGCUGAAUUGUGGGAUUGCUGUGUCUGUUGUGCAGGGGCUGGACUGGUUUGGAGAGGGAUCUGGUGAAAUCUGGGCUGAUGUGUUUGAUUGUCAGGGGAAUGAAACAAAACUCUCAGAAUGUUCAAUCUCUUCAUGGAGUCGAGCUGAAUCCUCUCAUAAACAAGAUGUUGGAGUCAUUUGUUCUAAUUCCUCUCUGUCUCUUCAUGAUGGUCGAGUGAGGUUGUCUGGAGAGAGAGAGUGUGAGGGUGAGGUGGAAGUUUACAUUCAUCAGGUUUGGAGGAGAGUUCUGCUGGACUCCUGGAGUCUCACUGAAUCCUCUGUGGUCUGCAGACAGCUGGGCUGUGGCUCUGUGCUGAACUUCACUAACUCCUCUUCAUCCAGUGAUGAACACAGUUAUGAGUGUGUGAUGGGCUUCCAGUGCUCUGGGACUGAAGAUCAUCUGAGGAACUGCAGCUCUCCACAAACUCUCAACUGCAGCGCAACACAACAGCUGUCAAUCACCUGCCAAAGUCAGAGGUCCAUCAGGUUGGUGGGUUCUGGUGGAGAUUGUGCAGGAAGGCUGGAGGUUUUUCACAAAGGCUCAUGGGGUACAGUGUGUGAUGACUUCUGGGAUAUUAAAGAUGCUCAUGUGGUGUGCAGACAGCUGCAGUGUGGAGUGGCUCUCAGUAAUCAGCCAGUACCAGCCUGGUUUGGUUCUGGUUCUGGACUCAUAUGGCUGGAUGAUGUGAACUGUGAGGGGAAUGAGACGUCACUGUGGAGCUGCUCUUCACGGGUCUGGGGAGAUCAUGACUGUAACCAUAAAGAGGAUGUAGGAGUUGUGUGCUCAGAGUUUAAAGAGCUCAGGUUAACUGAAGGCUGUGAAGGGAAUGUGGAGGUUUUCUACAAUGGAUCCUGGGGUAAUGUUUGCUGGAAUCAGAUGGAAAGUGACACAGCGAGUCUGAUCUGUCAAGAGCUGAACUGUGGAAGAUCUGGCAGUCUGUCUGAUUCAACAUCAAGAGUGCCAUCAGCUUAUAACUGGUUAGAUAAUGUUAAAUGUCGACCACAUGACUCAAAUCUGUGGCAGUGCCCGACUUCACCCUGGGGAAAGAAUAACUGUGGUCAAAAUGAGGUGACUUAUAUCAUCUGCUCUGGUGAGAAAAUAAAAAUAACUAAUUAUCUAACAUGUUUUACCUCACCAUCUCCUUACCAGAGAAAGUGUUCAAAUCAUCUUCCUCUCAGACUGAGUGGAGGGAAGGGUUUGUGUUCGGGGAGACUGGAGGUUUAUCAUAACUCUGUGUGGGGUUCAGUCUGUGAUGAUCUGUGGGACAUCAGAGAUGCUCAGGUGGUCUGCAGGCAGCUGGGUUGUGGAGCAGCAUUGAGUACUGAUGAGAAUGAAGCGUUUGGUGCUGGUGAAGGUGUUGUGUGGAUGAACAGAGUCGAGUGCAGAGGGACUGAGAUUCACCUGUGGGACUGUCCUCAUGUCCUGAAAAAUCACACUGACUGCUCACACAAAGAACAAGUUAGACUCAUCUGUGCAGAUUUGUCUGUGACCACAACUUCUGCCACAACAACAUCAGCUUCCCCUUCAGUUUUUCACACAAAGAGAAGAGCAGUGCGGUGGACAACAGUGACUCCUCCACAAACUCCUCCAGCAGCAUCUCUCUUCAUUCCUCCAGUGGUUGUGAUUGUAUUGGGAGUUUUGCUCUUACUGCUCUUAGUUUUGCUCUUGCUGCUGUUACUGUCGCUGCUCAUUCUGAUCAAGAACAACCGCGUAAUGAAGAGAGGUACAGAGAUCCACACUUCAUAUACAGAUCUAUUUAAGAGAAGACACUGGGCUCAGACUGAAGCAGUUUAUGAAGAGAUUGAUCACAGACACACAAAUAGAGAAAGUCAAUUCACUCAGCGGGGGAGUCUCAUCUCUGAAGAACAGCAUUCUGGAUAUGAAGUUGCUGAUGAGCUUCUUUCAGAAGAAGAGAUGGUGAAAAAAGUCUCAGCCGAAUACUAUGAUGAUGUCAUCACUGAUGGACUAAAAGACACACUUGAGCAGUAUGAUGAUGUCAUCACCACAGGACAAAACUCUGAUCCUCAUAAAGAGGGAGUUCAGGAGGUGUAUGACAAUGUGAAGAAUGAUGGUGAAGAUGUGAAAAACGUUGUGGUCUACGCCGAUGUGCUGGAGGAGUCUGUAUGA